GCAGCGAUAACAAUUGUCAAUUUUGUUGUCGCGUUGUCACACAAAAACGAAGAAAAUUCCUGAAUAAAGAGUUUUUCUGGGCAUUUCACAAACUUCUCUUGGAAAUCAAGGGCAGCAAAACGCAAUAGAGAGCAGAUAGAAGAUGGGCAAGAAGGAUGAAAAGUCACAGCAAGGCGAGGAGCUGGUGAAGGUCAACAAGUGGGAUGGAUCCGCGGUGAAGCACGCCCUCGAUGAUGCAGUGAAAACCUGCCUCCUUGGCGAUCGUCCCCAGCUGAAGGAGCAAUUCGGCCUAGUCAACACCCGUUUGGCCCUCUGCGCCCUCGCCGUUUCCGUGGCCAUAAUGGCCCAUGCUUGGGACUUCACCCACCCCUUCCCGGAAUCCCGUCCAGUGCUCCUAUUCAGCGUUUUGGCCUACUUUGCCCUCCUCGGCAUUCUGACCCUGCACUCCAGUUUCCGCGAGAAGGGCACCUUUGCGGUCGCCCUGCAGAAGGACAAGGAGCGGGAGCGCCUGUGGGAGGCCAGCUCCGAUAUGCGCAAGUACGACGACAAGUACCUGCUGACCCUCAGUGUUCGCGACACGAAAAAUGGCAAGCGGCGCGAGCAGAGCAGCAACAAGUCGUGCGCCGCCUUCAUCGAUCAGAAUGGCAUCGUCCUGGACAACCUGGUGGCCAACGAGGUCAACCGUCUGUUCAACGCCUUGGCUGCCGACAAGAAGAACGCUAGCAGCCUUGCUUCUAAUUAAACCAAAUUCCCCACUUUUCUCUCUUUAAAUUGUACACAUUCGUGGUAAGCCGACUGUUUGUCGUUUGUAAUAAGCGGAAAAACUAUAUAAAAUGAAUUCUUUGA